AGCAAAAGCAAAACCACCACCAAGCAAAACCAAGCAAAACCAAGCAAACCCAAGCAAACAUACACACACACACAUACACACACAAUGAUGAUGUUCAAAGAUUUCAGUCUCGGCAGCAGCAACAGCGACCACAGCACCACAAGCACACGAUCCGACAGGUCCACCUCUUCCAAGUCGUCCUCCAAGUCCAAAAAGUCGUCCUCCUCUUCCAGAAGCAGCAGCAAGAAGACCAAGGGCGAGUUUGUGGCAGAGAGCAUGAAGGAAAUGAGUCCUCAUCUGAUGAUUCAAAUGUUGGAGAUGUACGCGGAAAAUGACAAUCAAGUCGCCUUUGAAGCUUUUCAGGGCCUCAAAAACUCAUCAGAUACUUCUUCUUCGUCUACUCGCAAGAGCAAGCGACGAUCAUGAUCACCUCCACACACGGCACUUCCCAAAACUUGCUUCCUACUCCAAUUCAGAAGCUUUCUUUCAUAACUAAACUGUAUCAUAGAUUUCCAAUUACUAUC